AUGCGUUUCUCAAAGCCCACCGCUCUCGCACUAGCCAUGUCCGCCGGCCAGGCCAACGCUGCCUUCAGCAACAGCACCGACUGCGUCGACGUCCACUUCAUGCUCGCUCGCGGAACGACCGAAUCCUACCCCGGCACAACCUACUCCAUGGCCGAGCUGGUUGCCGAAAACCUGACCGUCUCUACCAACUACGAAGAUAUCGUCUAUCCCGCUGUCAGCGAGACCUCGUCCGAUAGCUACUUCGUCGGCCGGGCCGCAGUUGGUUCCCAGGUCAACAGCUACGCAGCCGCCUGUCCGGACUCCAAGAUUGUUCUCCUUUCUUACUCCCAGGGUGCCAUGAUCGUGGGUGAUGCUCUUGCUGGAGGUGGUGGGAACUCGGUUCUGGGUAAUGCUACGGAGCCGUUGAUUUCGGAGGAGGUGUCGAAACAUAUCGCGGCGAACGUCUUUUACGGAAACCCUCGCCAUGUUCCAUAUGAGCCGUAUGACUUUGGACCUAACGCUACGGCGGUUACUGGGAAAUACCCUCGCCUCCCAUACCAAAUCAAGGUGCUGAAUGAGCGAUACACCGAUGUUACCGCGGACUGGUGCAACAAUGGAGAUAGCGUCUGCUCGCCUUCGGAGGGUGCUGAUGCUCUUUCUCUUCACACGGCUUAUGCAACGGAUUAUGAUACCGUUGCUGCCGCGUGGGUGCUUGCUAAGCUGGGUGAGCAGAAGUGA